UCCUUAUGUUUACAUCAGUACACACACUAGCUCCUCCAUUAUUGACUUCAAAAACUCAUUUUUUCUUUUCUGGGAAACUGAAGAACAGAAGCUGUUAUCCAUCUUCGCAUACCGUAGCAUUGACCCUUCCGAGCUGUGUUUUUACUGUUGGUCUACGAAGGAAUAGAAGUCAUCUUCGUUCUCUGAUCUCUCCGUUGGGAGUUUCAAUAGACAAAGAUGGAUUUCUUGAGCAGUAUCAUAUAUCUUUCCCUCGCCUGGACCCUGAUCCAAACCUUCCGAAUGUUUACAAGAAGCAAAGCAGUUCCCAGAAAGAUUCCACCAGGUCCUAAACCUUUUCCGGUAAUCGGAAACCUCUUCGAUCUCGCUGUUGACAAGCCCUACAACUCCAUUGUCGAGCUUGCCCAGAUUUAUGGCCCCAUAAUGAGCUUAAAGCUAGGCCAAGUAACCGCAGUGAUAAUUUCUUCAGAGCACAUGGCUGAACAAGUUCUUCAAACACACGACCAACUCCUGUCCAACCGAACCGUCCCGGACGCGCUCCGAGUCCACAAACAUGACGAGUACGGCUUGCCCUGGAUGCCCAUUUCAGCCCAGUGGAGAAAUCUUCGUAAGAUAUGUAAUGGCAAACUGUUCGCCAACAAAAUACUCGAUGCCAACCAAGCUGUCCGAUACGACAAAGUGCAAGCGCUCCUCUCGGACACUCGUCAAAGCAGUUUAAUCGGUGAGGCGGUAGAUAUUGGCAGAGCAGCUUCCAAGACUGCGCUUAGUAUGUUGUCGAACACGAUUUUUUCGGUGGAUUUGGCCGAUCCGAAUUCUGACACGGCUAGGGAAUUCAAGGAGACCGCGCGAGAUAUCACUACUGUGGCAGGAAAACCAAACUUGGUAGAUCUUUUUCCUCUACUUAAGAAGAUCGAUCCCCAAGGCGUAAGGCAUCGCAUGGCGGUUAACUUUGGUAAGCUAAUGGACAUCUUUGACCGCAUGAUUAGCGAACGUCUGCAGUUGAGAAAAGAAUCUGGCUAUAUCACGAACAAGGACAUGUUAGAUACCCUUCUCAACAUUAGUGAAGAGAACAGUGAGGAACUGGACAAAGCUAAGAUGAAAAGUUUGUUCGUGGACCUAUUCGUCGGGGGCACUGAUACAACUUCAGCUACACUAGAAUGGGCAAUGGCAGAGCUACUCCACAAUCCAGACGUGGUAUCAAAAGCCAAAGCAGAGUUGGAGCAGGUAAUUGGCAAGGGGAACCCAGUAGAGGAAUCGGAUAUUACUCGGUUACCUUACUUGCAAGCAAUAAUCAAAGAAACAUUCCGGUUGCACCCGGCAUUUCCUUUCUUGCUACCUAGGAAAGCCGAAGCAGAUGUGGAAGUUGAUGGCUACGUUAUCCCGAAGGGUGCUCAAGUGCUAGUGAAUGCAUGGGGUAUAGGUCGAGAUCCAAGCACAUGGGAAAAUGCAAACUCAUUUAUGCCGGAGAGGUUCUUGGGAUCAGAAAUUGAUGUUAAAGGAAGGCACUUUGAGCUUAUACCGUUUGGUGGCGGAAGAAGAAUAUGUCCUGGGAUGCCAUUGGCAAUGCGAAUGUUGCACUUGAUGUUGGGUUCACUUAUCCACAACUUUGAUUGGAAGCUUGAUGACGGGGUUAAACUUGAGGAUAUUAGUAUGGAAGGUAAGUUUGGCUUAACAUACCAGAUAUGUAAUCCAGUGAGAGUUGUUCCUAUUCCAAUCUAAAAUUGGUUUAAGAAUUUACUUGGUUGAAGUUUAGAAGUAUUGCCAUGAAGUGUGAAUUGUCCCCUAUAUCCAAUAAACUUAUUUGGGAACAAUGUUUUGUAUGAUUUAUGUGAUAAGUUCAUACUCCCAUGUGAA